GGUUAGUACAAGGACAAGGAGGACGAGAGGCGGAGAAAUGAACGCUCCGGAUCGUUACGAGCGCUUUGUUGUGCCUGAGGGCACCAAGAAGGUUUCAUAUGAGAGGGACACCAAGAUCGUCAAUGCGGCCUCCUUCACCGUCGAGCGCGAAGACCACACGAUCGGAAACAUCCUCCGAAUGCAGCUGCACAGAGACCCCAGUGUGCUCUUUGCGGGCUACAAGCUUCCACACCCCUUGCAGUACAAGAUCAUAGUUAGGAUCCAAACGACAAGCCAGUCUUCACCGACUCAGGCAUAUAACCAGGCGAUCGAUGACCUCGACAAGGAGCUUGACUAUCUGAAGAAGGGUUUCGAGGACGAGAAGAACAGGUACGAUGAAAAGCUUAGGCAGGGAUACUAGGUGGAUGAUAUGGCGGAUGAGCGCGAGCUUGAGUAAUGUAUUGCAAGUGUUUUUUUUUCUGGUGGUGACUGAGAUAAGUAAAAAUUUAGAUUAUUAACAUGCAAUCUAUGAUGGACAUGAACUUUUAACGCAAUGUGGUGACUAGGGUCUAAGUUUAUUACUCAGUGAGGUGGAUUAUAGAAAAAAGGUUAACUUGAGGACAAUGUCUCUCUGCAACAUUUGAAUUAAAUCUGUGGGGAUGUUUACAUUUGCACACAGCAAUCGUGA